UUAGGUGUCCGGAUGUUUCCAUGUCCACCCGGCUUAACACAAACUAGAUAGAUAAACUUAAACUGACAUGAUGGAAACCCGGAUUUUAAAAAUAAAUUAUACUCCUGCUGUUGGCUUUUUAAAUGCUUCAGAAUUUAUAAGGCAAUUAUUAUCGUCAAUAACUUUAUUUAUUUAUUUUUUUUAGAUGUAUUUGAGGAACGAAUGAGUACACUGGGUCAUGUCGUGUUAGCACAUUUACUUGGGUAUUUGUUUGCAAAGUGUUAGCAACCUAGUUAGCUUUUAGUGCUAACUUCGAAGAGACGAAGAAGACGUGGAGGACUUGGAUGGAUUAUUGGCCGGAGUUUGCUAAGAGUAGGUGGCAGCAGCGAGCCAGUCGUGUCUGUUUCCGCCGCUCUUGUAUUGCUCGUCGUUGACUGUUUUGGCAGCUCACCGGAAGUCAGCACGGCUCUGUGUUUUCCUCCCGACCAGUUUGCAUUUUCCCCUCAAAUAAACCGAAUAAACAGCGAGUUUACCGGCUGUGGAUCAGCUACACACGAGAGGGAUGGAAGAAUUUCACAAUGGCAGUGAGGGUUCCUUCAACUCAGAGGAAGCUGAAGGCACUGUCAAAGAGUGUAUUGAGAGUGUGGUAGGUGGUGAUGAUUACAGCCAGAGUCUGGUCAACAAAUGGACAGCUAGCAUCGUGGAGCGCUGCCUCACACAGAUGGUCAAACAUGGGAAACCAUACAAAUACAUCGUGACGUGUGCUGUGAUGCAGAAAACAGGAGCUGGCCUCCACACAGCCAACUCCUGCUACUGGGACACCACCAUGGAUGGGAGCUGCACCGUGAGAUGGGAAAACCGCACCAUGUACUGUGUGGUCAGUGUGUUUGCUGUGGCCAUUGCUUAGGUCAAAAGAGCCAUCCACUAUCACAACCACUUGAGGAGGAGUGGAGGGUGUUCCUGUGAACAGUAGGGGGCCACCAAGUGCCACAGAGUCCACAUCAGUACAGCUGCAAAGAGGAGGAGGAGGAGCUGUAUUUCCAGCCUUCGGAUGCAUGUAAAAAUCCUCAUCAACAUGUUAAUGUAUUUAUCUUCUCAUGUCACUGCAGUGCUUUAAUAUGUUCACACUCAGCCUGACUGCAUACAACCGCUGCAAACAUCACAAUAAGCCUGAUUCUUCUUCUGUUUUGCUAUCUGUAUUAUGUUUAUCAUGCCAACAAGGAAGAGAAGAGUUUUGUAAUUGGAGCAGUUUCACUGCAGGUAAAUUAAAAUGAAGAGAUUUAUGAACAAA